ACUCUUAUUUCUUGAGUGAUGCAACCGGCAUGGAAUAUAAAUCAAGUCCGUGUCAUGGAUCCGUAACCUGAAAGAGUUGCAUGCAAGAGGCGCAGUUUGCUUUUGAUCUGAAUCAAAACUGGAUGUCUUGUGUUUUACCUUCAACAGUGAGACAAGUACUAAGGGCACAGGUGUGGUUCAGGAGCAUUGAGUGACUUUUUUCCAGUUAAGGUCAAUGGAUUGCGUAUUCAGAUGGCUAUGUAAAGUAGGAGAAAACGUACUGUACGUGAAUGUGUGAGAUUUCUUUUCUAUGACAUCGCCGACCAGUUGUGGGAAGUUCUAUUCUCACGGCAAUUUGAGGAAUUGGAGAGGUAAUUUCUAUAACUUUUAAGUGUAAAUGGACGUAUUGUAAAAAUAUUGAUCUGUGCAUCUGUCCAGGAACAAUGUUGACCAACACGAUGUUCUUGCACUCUGAUACAAAAUGAUAACCCUUUAUAUAAUUUAAAUACCUUAAUGGCGAGCCACAAAUCCAAGUACAUUUCUGCAGUCGUGCAUUUUUCCUCAUGAAUCGUAAAACCUCGGAUCGGAAGCUGUCAGUUUCUAUACUGGACACAAGAAAACCAUAGGGCUCUUGGCUGAUCUCUAACAUUUUUGGUUUGUCUUUUCUGGAGCCUCUUGGGUCGAAGAUGAUCUGCAUCGCAUUUUUGCCCAUCACUUUGUUUGUUGUGGUGGCAUCGAAGCUCUGCCCUCCUCAGUGUUUUUGUUAUGAAGCGUCUGACCUGGUGAACUGUCGAUCUCAAGGGUUCACUCACAUUCCACACAGUAUACCACAUGGUACAUGGCUUUUGGAUCUUAGUGGGAACAAAUUGUCAGAGUUGAGGAGUACCUCCUUCACUGGGAUAUGGGCACUUCGGGUUCUUCUGAUUUCACAAAGCAGCAUGCAAAUGGUGCACUCGCAGGCUCUCUCUUCUCUGACCUUUCUGGAAAAGUUGGACCUGUCUUACAAUGAGCUCCGUGUCCUUCCUCCAGAUUUCUCGGAGGGGUUGACGUCUCUUAAAGAUCUCAGGCUUUCCCACAAUGCCUUGGAGCAUCUUGAUACUCACUCCUUGGAGGAACUAGAAAGUCUGGAGAAGUUAGAUCUCAGUCACAACAACAUUCAUGUUAUCGGCGUUGGCGCAUUCCGUGGACUUGCAAGGUUAAGACACCUCAAUCUGGCAUGGAAUCAGUUGCUGGUACUCCAAGGAGGACUGCUCACCAUGCAGCGGGGACUUGGAGUUCUUCUACUGGGCCACAACAAUAUCUCCAAGAUUGAAGCAGAAGCGUUGGCUCCCCUACAGACCCUCACUAUUCUGAACUUGGAAGCCAAUCAGUUGAGGAGCCUUAAGUUUAAGACAUUUUUAAACCUUAAGACAACCAGCACGCAUUUGCAACUUUCAGAGAACCCCUGGAUGUGUGACUGCGAUCUGCAUCGUGUCUUCAGUAAGAUAUUACACGUUCGGCAUCUCCACGUGGAUGAUUACUGGAACAUCACAUGCCACGCACCUCACUUGCUGGCUGGGGAAUUUUUGGGUUUGACGGAUAGUCAGGUGUGUAUAGCAGAAACAGCCACUGUCCUUGUCAUAACAGGUACUGUGAUGGUCACCGUGGUGGCUGCUAUAAUUAUGGCAGAACGGCAGAGAAGGAAGAAAACGGUGAACCUGGAAAAGUAAAACUACCUUAAAAACUUUCUUUUUAAUUAUAAUGGGUUCUAAUGCAUUCUAUUGUCUUUUAUCGUGUUGGUCGCACCGCAAC